GUAAGUAGCUUUCAAACACAUCAGUUGAGUUUUCAGCGCAAUUUUGGAAAUUUUAAGAAAUUCAGCAAGGAUUUGGGAACAUUCGGGUUUUUGUAAUAAUUUUUGGAGAUUUUGAGUGUAAUUUUGGGGUUAUAGGGAAGAAAGAUUUAUAGUGAUGGUAUUGAUAAUGGUUGUUGUCAGGGUAGCUUUGCAGGAAGACCUUGGAGAGUGCCCGGAUGGGUUCUAUGGUCAGGACUGAAUACCGUGACAUAGUUCAUGAAAGACCUGUAGUGAUCAGGAGAGUUGUGAUACAUGAGAGGAUUAUAUGUUCAAGGAUGAGACGAGUUCUCUUUGAACCUUUUGAGAUAGAGGGAGUUAUUAUGAUGAAGUUAUUAGUGAAUGACAAAGUUGAUUAAGCUCCUGCCAUCAUCAAUGAAUGCAUAGAGAUGAAUGUCUUCAGUGCGAUCCUGAUAUGCUGUUGGAUAUAGACACAUUGCAAUGAGUGUCUGAAUGAGGUGAUAAUAAGUUUUUACUGAAUUCAUCACAGAUCACCAUGGGUCGCGUGUGAAGGAGUAAUAGUAUUUAUGUGGACCCUGAAAGCGACAAAGCUGUUGAGUUCGGAACGCUUGAAUAUCCAUAUCGUACGAUGCAAGCAGCUACAUCAGAGAUACUGAAUCAUUAUAGCCAUAGUGACUCCAACAUCACAAUCUAUACAAAAGAUUGCUAUCUAAAAAUUGACACUUUUUAUGUUAUGAACAUGACAUCUUUAAGCAUAAUAAACCACCCAGACUACCAACUAAUGCAAAGGAACGCCAAAAUCCAAAUCUCCACUUUCUCCCAAGCUGGCAUCUCUUCAAAAUCAACUCUCCACCUGCUCACGCACACCUCAGCCUCCCCCACCUCCCUCAUCACCAAAGGCCACUACACACCCUCCGAAAUAUCCUCCCUGACCAGCACAUACUUCUGCUUCUUAAUCUCCAGGUCGAACUUCUCCCUAAACCACAUCGACAUCUCCGCCUCCAAAGUCAAAAACUGAAUCAUCGCUUCAUAUCUCCAGGCCAGCACCAUCACUCUCAAAAAUAUAAACUUUGCAAGCACUGGUAAUGGGAUUAUGAGUACAGAUCCAUUGGGUCUUUAUUUGGAGAAUAUUGUUGUUGACACUUCGUUCACCACGAGGUUUGUUCAUACACUUGGCACCAACUGCAAUUACCCUGAAGCAAACACUACAAAUCCAGUCUUUGCGAAGAACAUAAGCCAGAUCAACUCUACAUCAAACUUUGCAUAUGGUAGAAUUAUUGGGUCUGGUUUGCCAGGAAAUCAUACGAUCCAGGAUAUCGACUGCACCAAGCAUUCCUCGAAUGGACUUGAUGGCUUCGCUUGUCUCUCUUACAUCUUGUUUCAAACCUGAAUUCCUCAGGACUACUUGCAGGCUAUAAUGCAGUAUCAAAACAUUACCUUUGAUGCAACUGAGGCUCACUCUAGGGGAGACUUCGUGUUUGGAAUUAACUCAGCAACUGAUUCUGUUCAUUAUCGCAAAUAUGACAUAAGAUACAGUGACUUUGAGUUCAGUAAUUUCAAUCAAGAGUCUCCUUACUCGUUGCAUCUUCAGUUCGGAAUAGGCUCUGAGAAGAACACGCUAUCCAACUUUUACUUUAAGAACAUAUCUAACAGUUUUCCAAUUAUUGAGAACAGAAUCAAUGCUGAAAUUAUUCUACAAAAUUUCACAGUUGAGAACAGUCCAAAUUUGUAUAAGGGUAUAGCGAUGAUUGAUACUCCUGGUCACAUCAAGAUCAUGGAUGUUAAGAUAACUAACUGUAGCGACCAAGGAAAAGACCAUAAACCAGCUAUAGACAUCAUUCCUAGAUCAAGUUCAAAUCUAGUUUUAUCUAAUCUCUGGGUUCAAGAUGUGCAACUUCUAGAUUCUGCGUUGGUAAAUAUCCAAUCAAGACCAGCAAUGAUAUCCCUUCAGAAUUGUAGUCUGACUGACGUCCAGUUUCAUAGUGGAGGGUCUCUAUUCUCCUUUCAUGCAGCUGGAGCUUUUUCUAUUUCCAAUUUUACUUUUGAAAGAGUAAGGCCAGGCUCUUUACUUGAUAUGGACUCUGAGGCAUUCAUAUUCCAAACAAUCUACGUCAAGGAAAUGAGUGUUGGUGAAAUGAAAAACAUUACGAUUGUUGACUCUGCCUUCACGCUAUUCAAAGUAGGCAACAUUCUGAACCUCACUACUGAGCAGAGAACCCUGAGCUUAAGCGAUGUCAGCUAUACUGACACUAAUCUCUUAGUAGAAAGGACGUUGAUUUCUACCAAGAACAUUGAUGGUAAUGCAAAUUUACAAAUAUCUCUUGUCAGGUUGCACUUUAGUAACCUAAAUUUCACUGAAGGUGGAGUUCUGCUUGAUCUACAACACCAGCUUCCCCAAGAAGUCGUUGUUGAAGACUCUUCAUUCAAAAAUAUCAGAGCUGGGUCUAUCAGUAUCAUCGGAAGUGCCAACUCAAGAAGUCAAAAGACCAGAGUAUUAUUCACUCGAUGCAUAUUUGAAGAGUUGCACAUUUCAUUAAAAUCUUUCCUAUUUGGAGAGCAAAAUGCGAUAAUAGGAGUUUCACAAAGUUCAUUCUUAGGCAUCACCUCAAGCCUUAAAACUUCUAGGAUCAUUAGUGCUGAGAACACAGUCACAAUGAAUCUAGAUUCUGUGAUAUUUAGAGAAAACUCAGGUGUCAAAGGAGCUCUGAUCCUCGUUUCGACUGAAUCAUUUCUUUCAUGAAACAACUGAACCAUAACAAAUAACUUUUCAAUCAGACGUGGACUGUUUGGAGUGGAAUCAUUUGGAAUCAUUGAGAUAUCAAAUAGUAAAAUCUAUGACAAUUACGGAAUUGAGACCAUACUCGGAACAAUCCUCUUAGGUGUUGAUCCAUCUGUGAUCUCUAAUACAUCAAUUUACAAAAACUCAAUGAUCAAGAAAGAAGAUGUCCUAAAGGAAGUCAAUACUCAAUGAACUUACCUUUGCUUCUUAUCCCUUGAAAUGAAAGAUUACCUGUAUACUACAAACUUAAGUAGCAUAAAUGAGUCAGAAUACUUACUCGAAGUGAUACAGGGAAGUCUCCAAAUUUCAGACUUCACCAGUAUUUCUGACCAAGCUCUAGUCAUAAAAUCGUUCUUGGCAACAGUAACAAUUGUAGAUUCGGCUAUUUCUGGCUUAGUAUUCAAUUCCCCUCCUCUAAAUAUCUUGUCGUCAACUCUGGUUCUCCAGAACUGUACGGUCGAAGAUAUUGAUGAUCUGAGCGAACGCUCCAGUUUGGUAAUAACAAAUUCUGCAAAAGCUAAUAUUACAGAUGUGAGAUAUGCCAAUGCAAACACCCAAAUUCUAAGUGGAUUUAGCUCUGAUAUUUCUAUUGAAGAUGUGAGCUAUGUGAAUGUAUCCACUCCUCAAGACCUCAUUUACAUCUCGUAUUGCACUUCAUUCCUGCUCAGGAAUAUUUCACUUGCUAAUGUUACUGCUGGAGAUAGACGAAUGUUGAUUGUGAACGAUUCUGAGAACAUUAUUGUUGAAGACAUCACUCUUUCUGGGCUCGAUAAAAGAUUUAUAGAGUUUAGAGGCUCAAAUAUAAUAAGAAUAUCAGGCCUCAACAUCUUUGAUGGCAUUCAGGUACUCAGAUUCACUAACUGAAAUGUACAGAUUAUAUCUAAUUCUGAGUUCAGUGGAAAUAUGCGAGAAGGUUCUGGAGGAGUCAUCUCAAUGUUUGACAGCCGAGUUCAUAUAUUCAACACAACUUUUAUCAACAACACCGCUGUUGAAGGAGGAGUUGUCUAUUUCUACUGAAAUGACAACACCAGCUGAUCUCUUGAGAUAGACUCAUGUCACUUUGAAAACAAUACAGCCACAGUUAGAGGAGGUGUUGUUUACUAUAACUAUAACAGGCCUAUUAUCACAGAUAGUGUCUUCUCUGAGAAUUAUGCUCCUUACGGAAACGAAUCUGCUAGCUACGCAGUCAGAAUUAGUCUUCUGAACUCAACAUCAAGUGAAGACAUUGUGCUGGAUAAUAUUGGCCCAGGGAUCAAGAUUGAUACAUCUUUGCAUUUUGCAUUAUUAGACAUGGAUGAUCAAAUUAUGAACUUGCAAAGUGCAAGCACUAUUAUCAUUCAACCAAAGAACUCAUCAAUUUCCUUAAUCCAAGGCACCAAUGUAGUGCUUCUCCAGAAUGGAACUGCUAUGUUUGAUAGCAUCGCAAUGCAGGUUGACAGGAAGUACAAAACAGCUACUUACUUAGUCACAUCGAAAGCAAUCAACAGGGCAAAAGUUGCCAAAGUGUUCGGAACUCCCUUCAGGCCCAUGCAGAUAGUCACCAACUUUAGAGACUGAAAACCAGGAGAACGCAUUGAUGAAGACACUUGCCUAGAAUGCCCAGCAGGCACAUACUCCUUAACAUGGAAUUCAACGGAGUGAUUUCAGUGCGAUAUAAAUGCUGUUUGUCAAGGAGGGAACAAAGUGUCUUUGAAGUCUGGACACUGGAGACAAUUCCAUAACUCUACUAAAAUUGUGGAGUGAAGUAAUAAAGAAGCAUGUCCUGGAGGGUUUUCAGAUGAUACUAUAGUCCCUACCAAAUGAGCCCCAGGCUACACAGGAAACUUAUGAUCUCAAUGAGUGGUAACUGGCAGUACCAAGUAUGAGAGAGUUAAUGAUUUUGAAUGAAGAAAAUGACCGAACCCAGUAAUGAAUGCAAUCCAGGUGAUUGGAAUGAUGAUCAUAGUAUUUGGCUUCUUUGUUCUUAUGGCCGUAAUCAAUGCCAGAAAGAUGAAUGAAAGCUCAAUAUCAGUGCUUCUCAGAAUACUGACGAACUACCUGCAACUUCUGACGGUAUCCACAUCCAUGACUAAUGAUUACCCUUCGAUUAUUAUAUCUAUCUUUGGCCCAGCUAAGACAUUUGGAGGAUCUGCAGGCGUUUUCAUGUCUUUUGAUUGAUUCAUUAGUGAUACUGAGGUGACUGGGCCAUUCGAAUCAAAUGCCAUUUUCAAGCUGUUCUUGUUAGCUUUCUUGCCUCUGGUGCUAUUCUGAGCAGUCAGUAUAAUCUGGUUAAUCCUGUACUUAAUCAAUAGGAAAUGGGUGAAAGAUUUGAAGAGGAGCUUAAUUAUCUCAUUGAUCACAGUUAUCUUCAUUCUACACCCAAAGUUAACAGAGAGAAGUAUCAGUAUAUUCAGGUGAGUAAGCAUUGAUGAAGAUGUCCAGGUUGUUAGCAUAGACACCAAUAUUGGAUGAUACUCUUACACUCACAUCAAAUGGUCUUUGCUCAUUGCAAUGCCUAUGAUCAUUAUCUGGGUGAUAUCAUGUCCAUUAAUCGUCCUAAUUCUUAUUCUCAAGGGAAAGCAUCAAGAUAAGAAUGGAGCAGUCAGGCGAUAUUUUCUAAACAUGUACCAAGGCCUCAAGCCAAAUGCUGUAUAUUGGGAGUUUGUGAAUACGCUCAGGAAGAUCAUCAUCUUGCUUUCCUUGCUGAUGACAAAGACAGUGUCCAUAUUUAUUUCAUUGUCUGUCCUAAUAAUCACAUCAAGAAUACAAAUUAACCUCAAACCUUACAAGAAUGAGGCUCAUUCAAGAGUCGAAUAUUUGGCUGUUAUUAGUGGUGUGUUUGCUAUAGUUACCGCUCUGUUGUAUUCCCAAGCAGUACAGGUUCAAUGGCUCAACGACUGAAUCCUCAUAGUACUGGUCUUUGCGAAUCUAAGAUUUGUAUUUGAAUGGGCAUACCUUGUGCUGAAAAUUUAUAGAGAUAAGCAUGUUGUCAUCCAAACAAUCUUCAAAGUCAUUUCAAAGAUUUUAUGAAAGAAAAAUGGAGUUGAGCAAGAGGAAAAGAAAGAUGAAGAGACCAAUCAGUUACCCCAGACAAGUCAGAUACCUCAUACUAGUCAAUUACCUAGUCCCAGUCAACCUAUUGAAGGAAGGAUUCCAUUGAGAAAGAGAAGAGUCCAGAACAAAGCUAAAAAUAUUGUCAAGGCUAGAAAAAGUCACAGUAGAAGAAAGAAGAAGCAUCAUAAAUUUGCACAGAGGAAUGUAUCAGACACUGACUUCGUUCGGACAGAGAACCGGUUCAUGCAGAGUCAGUCUUCUAAAAAUGUACCUGCUGGGGCUAACAUGAUCAAGUUCUAG